AUGGCCUCCCUCUUCGCCUCCUGGCGCUCGGCUCGUCCCCAACUGCGUCCCCUCCUGCGUCAUCGACUCCACCAUGCGCCCUCACGAUCAGUGCAUCAUCCCGGCCAGUUCCAACCUCUCGUGCCUCCCUCGCCCAGCUCGUUAGGCAAACCCGUCGCUGCGAAGACCUACUCGCGCACUCGCAAGUGGCUCCGACGACUGGCAUACUUCUCCCUGGUCACAGGAACCGUCUACACCGUCGACUCGCUCUUCUACGAGCAAUGUCUGACCCGCACGGCACGCACCUUCGGCCUAGGCAUCAUCGUCGCCGCCGACUACAAGAUUAAUUUCCGCCCGGACCCGCCCUUCGCUGAGUCCAUUACGGCUCUGCACGCGCGCAAUGCCGAGCGUCUAUCUGACCUUCUGCGGCACAAUGGCGGGCUGUAUCUGAAGAUGGGCCAGGCGAUUGCCAUGCAAUCGGCCAUCUUGCCGCCCGAGUUCCAGAAGAUGUUCGCGCGCAUGUUUGACGACGCGCCGCAGAACGACUGGAAGGAUGUUGAGCGCGUCAUUCGUGAGGAUUUCGGUCGCUCGGCGGAGGAGGUUUUCGGGGUGUCGUUCUCUGGCGACCCCGAGAAGGGCGUCAUGGAGAAGCAGGCGCGGGCUAGCGCCAGCGUGGCCCAGGUGCAUUGGGCCCGACUGGCGGAUGGUCGUGAGGUGGCGAUUAAGAUACAGAAACGGGAGAUUGCAAAGCAGAUUCUGUGGGAUCUAUGGGCUUUCAAAGUCGUCACUUGGAUCUAUAGCCGCAUGUUCCAGAUCCCUUUCUACUCCCUAGUUCCCUAUGUCAGUGAACGUCUGUACCUCGAAACGGACUUCGAGAACGAGGCCGACAACUCUGAGAACAUGGCGCGCCUCGUUGCAGGAGAGUCCCGUCUGCGCGGCCGUGUUUACAUCCCCAAGGUCCACCGCGAGCUGAGCUCGAAGCGUGUCAUGACGGCGGAGUGGAUUGAGGGCGUGCGUCUCUGGGACAAGGACGCCAUCACCAAGUCCUGGCGCGGCGGCUGGCGCGAAGGCAGCCCGGGCUGCCACGGCACUCCUUUGGACCCGCCUAGCAGCAACAGCAACAACAACAAGAACAAGAAGGGUGUUCCUCGCAACUCCAACGGUGCCAACCUCAAGCCGGACCGCGACCACUGGCGCGGCUGGAACAACCGCGGCGGGCUGGGCCUGUCCCUGAAAGACGUGAUGACCACCAUGGUGGACCUCUUCUCCGCACAGAUGUUCCUCUGGGGUAUCGUGCACUGCGACCCACACCCAGGAAACAUCUUCGUGCGCCGCAAGCCCUCCGGCCAAGCAGAGCUUGUGCUAAUCGACCACGGCCUCUACAUCCACAUGAACCCUGACUUCCGGCACCAAUACGCGCGAUUCUGGAAAGCCCUGCUCGCCUUCGACAACGCCACGCUCCGCUCCGUCGCCGCAGACUGGGGCAUCACGAAUGCUGACAUGUUCGCCUCCGCGACACUCAUGCGGCCCUACCAAGGCGGCGACCGCACCGUCCAAACCAGCCUGGAAGGCCUCUCAAAGGUGGAGCGCCGCCACCGCCACUACGAGAUGCAACAGGCCGCUCGAAAAGGCAUGCGCGACAUCCUCGGCGACGGCACCAAAUGGCCCCAGGAACUCAUCUUCAUCGGCCGUAACCUGCGCAUCGUCCAGGCCAACAACCAAUUCCUCGGCUCCCCCGUCAACCGUGUCAAGAUCACCGGAACCUGGGCGUCUCGCGCCCUAGUCGAGUCCCCUGACCUACCCACGGGUGAGAAAAUGCGGAACCUAGCCCGCCACAUGCUCUUCCGGGUGGUGCUCUUCACAAGCGAUGUGUACUUCUGGUUCACGAAGGUGAAGCAGUUUUUGCAUUUGGGUGGCGGCAUGGAGGAUGAGAUUGAGAAGCAGAUGCAGGGUAUGGCGAGGGAUAUGGGGGUUGAUUUGAACCAUGGCGUUUUUGAAGGGUAG